UUGGCCUAUGUCAUAAACCAAUAAUAAUGCCGGCGUUCUUGAAAUGCAUAGAGAUAGAAAACUUCAAAACCUAUCGAGGCCAUCAUGUCAUUGGACCAUUAAAACCGUUUACUGCUAUUAUGGGACCAAAUGGCUCAGGCAAGUCUAACUUCAUGGAAGCUGUAUGCUUUGUUAUGGGCGAGAAAACAUCCCUCCUCCGUGUGAAACGUCUGAGUGAUCUCAUUCAUGGUGCUCAUAUCAACAAGCCAGUUGCAAGUUCCGCAUCAGUAACGGCAACAUUUAUAUUGGAAAAUCAGAACGAGAAGAAAUUUCAGAGAUCUGCUGUUGCCCACUCAUCGGAUUACAGGAUAAAUGAUAGUUCUGUGACCGAGGGACAGUAUCUGCAGGAGUUGGCAGAGCUAGGAAUAAAUGUGAAGGCAAAGAAUUUCCUUGUGCUCCAGGGUGCUGUUCAAAGCAUUGCCAUGAAGAAUUCCCAGGAGAGGACAGCACUGUUUGAAGAAUUUUGUGGAUCUGGGAUCUUUAAAGAACAAUAUGAGAAAUAUCGUUUGGAGGUAGAAGAUGCAGAAAAGGAGAUGCAGUUCCUGUACUUGAAGAAGAAGGGUGUGAGAGCAGAUAUGAAUGAGGCCACAAAAGAAAAGCAAGAAGCAGAGGAAUACUCCACAGUUGAGAAGAAGCUGGCACAAAAUAGGACAAAGUUCCUGCUGUUCCACCUUUACCACGCUGAUUUAACAAUCAAUAACUGCGAGGAGGAACUGGAAUACAAGCAGAAUGAUGUUGUCAACAUUGAGAAAAAGUGGAAACAAGUUGAUAAAACUUUGAAAGAGCAGAAGAAGGAAGCAGGAAUAGCACAGAGAGACCUGGCAAUGGUCGAGAAGGGUAUCCGUGAAGUGGAAGUUGAGAUAGCGAAGAAGCGUCCCAUAUUCUUAAAAGCAAAAGAGAGCGUGACGCACUGUGUGAAAAAGCUUUCCAGCGCUCUGAAGACUCUCGAACAGGCGCGAAAGGCUCACGAGGCACACCAGGAGAACAUCAGCGAAUUGACGACAGAGCUCCGUGUCGUUAAAAACGAGAUGUUGAUGUGGGAGAGAAGCCGACAGGCACUAGCAGGCGAGGUGCAUCUCGCGGAGAUUCAGAUCCGUGAAUACGAAAAGCUGAAGAUGGAAGCGUCCCGACGGGCUGCACGUUACCUGCAGGAAUUGGACUCUAUCCACCGCGAGCAAAAGGCCCACCAAGAUAACAUUGACAACGAGAUGCGGAAGAAAAUGGAAGUUCAGAACAUAUACACGCAGAAGUGCCACGAGCGUGACGAAGCCCUGAAUCGUAUAGAGAAGCUGAACGAUCACAUCAAUACCUCGCAGAUGAAAGUUGACGAGCUGUGCCGCCGGCGCGCCCAAUUGCAGGAGGACAUGCGGUCGUGUCGCGAGCACGUUCAAGCACUGCAGGCGCAGCUAGAGGAAGUGACGACGCAGCUGGGCGAUGCGCGUGUCGAUUACCAACAGGAAACGCGCCACCGCAAAAAGAAGGAGGUCAUUGAGAGCCUCAUGCAUGAGAUUCCUGGAGUCUACGGCCGGUUGAUUCAUUUGUGCCAGCCGAUACACCAGCGCUACAACGUCGCCCUUACAAGGGUGAUGGGCCGCUACGUGGACGCCAUCGUCGUGGAUACGCAGCAUACGGCGCGCCGAUGCAUCCAGAUGCUGAAAGAACGCUUGCUGGAGCCUGAGACCUUCCUGCCGGUCGAUCACAUAAAGGCCAAGCCGCUCAAGACGAGGCUGCGCGCCAUCAAAAACCCGAAGAACGUGAAGCUGUUAUACGACGUGCUGCGGUUCCAACCAGCUGCCAUCUUCCCUGCCGUGCAGUUUGUCACCAACAACGCGAUGGUCUGCGAAACUCCCGAAGACGCCUAUUACGUGGCCUACGAGUACCACCGCGACUUAGACACUCGAUACGACACUUUGGCGCUGGACGGCACGUUCUACCAGAAGAAGGGCCUCAUCUCAGGCGGCUUGCAGGAUCUGGAACGGAGAGCCAGGCGCUGGGACCAGAAGCAUCUGUAUGAGCUCAAGGAUAAGAAGGAGAAGCUGGCAGAAGAGCUCCGGGAAGCGAUGAAAAACUUUCGCAAGGAGUCGGAGCUCGCCACUUUGGACUUGGAAAUCCACGGCCUGGAGGCCCGCCUCAAGUACGCCAUCGCUGACAGAGAUGCUACGCAAAAACGUGUUCAUGUGUUGGACGCUGAAAUUGCAGUAUUGCCACUUACAACUGAUAUGAUUGGGGCCCAAAUCGAGGAGAUUGAAAGCGCGAUCCGUGUGGGCGCCUUCAAGAUCAUGGAGAUAAAGGAGAAGAUUAACAAUGUGGAAGACGCGGUGUUUAGCGCUUUUUGCAAAGAAAUCGGUGUAGCCAACAUACGGCAGUACGAGGAGCAGGAUCUGCCUGCGCAGCUGGAGAGGAACAAUCGGCGCAUGGAUUUUGAGGCACAGAUCGAGCGCAUCGCCUCCACGCUGAAGUUUGAGGUUUCGCGGGACACUCUGGAGAACGUGACGCGGUGGGAGCGUGCGGUGCAGGAAGGCAAGGCUGAGCUGGAACUGCAACGGCAGGUGAAGGCCCAGCUGCAAGUGGACAUAGGCCACGAAAUGAGCCGAGCAGUAGCGCUCAGUGAGACUUGCAGCGACAAGUGCCGUGUGAUGGAGCAGGUGGACGUGAAGAUAGCGCAGAUACGUAACGAGCUCGCGUCGAUCCAUAAAGACAUCGUGACUGUCCAAAUACAAAUUGACGAAUGCGAAGCCCGCAUCGAGAGUAAGAAGAGUGAACGACACAAAUACCAGCGACAGUGCCAGAUCAAUGGCUUGCGAUUGCCGCUGCUGCAGGGAAAUUGGGACGACAUAGAGGAUUCGGAGACCUCGUCCAUGUCCACCGCAGAACUUUACGCGCGGGAUGAACGGAUUCGAGUAGACUUUAGCUAUUUGUCGGACUCGUUGAAAAACGUGGAGGAAGCGGACUUCAAACAAAUAGCGGAAGAGCUGCAGAAGAAAAUCAAUGAGAGAGAGAGAAUUUUAAAGCAGAUACAGGCGCCAAAUCUGAAGGCGGACCAGAAGCUUAGUGAAAUCAGGGAAAGAAUGUACAAGAUUGAUAGACUGUUCGUAGCGGCCCGCAAUCGAGUCUACAAUGCCAAGCUGCUCUUCGACAAGGUAAAGAAUGAGCGCUUAGACAAGUUCAAGCCUUGUUUGGAACAUGUCGCAUUAGCGGUCGACAGUAUUUACAAGAUAUCAGCCUGCGCCGUUCAUACUGCUAGACGAGAUCGAUGCGGCGCUCGACAACAUCAACAUCGUCAAGGUCACUGACUUUAUCCGCAGCAUGGAGGAUUCUUUGCAGACCAUUCUCAUCUCGCACAAGGAGGAGUUCUAUAGCUGUGCCGAUAUGCUCAUCGGUACCUACUCGGAGAGUUCGCCGGAAGAUCGUAUAAUGAGUGGUUUCGUCACACUUAUCUUGUCGAAACACGACUGAAACGCGGACGCCACAACGCCCACCCUUGUUGGUGUAUGUUAAUGUGAUUACAAGUUUUUGAUUUUUUUUUUGAAGUUCACUUUUUUGUUAAAAAUUAAUGUCUAUUAGGUACUCAAGCUAAGCACGACUGUCGUAAGUUUUAACAACUACGGAAAAGAAAUAGUUGCUAUAUGAUAUUAUGUUUUUUUGUUUAUGGUAGUAAUAAUAUAUUAUUGUUAAAAAUUGUCUUCUCGGAAUGGUAUUUAAUUUUGUUCUUAUUAUUAUGAGACUAUGUUUGUAUGUAUAACGGAGUUAGUGUAAGAAAUUAUUCAUCUGGUUUGAUUAUAUGAAAAUUUCUUACCAACAGCUAGUUUCGAUGGCUUGGAAACAGGUUGUUGAAACUUAAAAUAAAAUGCCUUCUUUUUCAAAUAUCCUGUAUUGGUGGGUCAAAUCUGGAUAAAACCGAACACAUACUUCGCCCAAGCAAUAAUCCGAAUAUAAAACUAGUUUCGAGCCAUCCAGGCGUUUUACUUUUUGUCACAUGUAUUAGAGUUUUUUUGAUUGGAUACCGAACCAUGCGUCACUAAGAUAAUAGUGAUAUCGAAAUGAAUAUGGUGUGUAUCAAUUUUUUUCAUUUAAUUCAGUUUUGUAAAAUGAGAAAUAAAGU